CCACCACAUAUAACCUAUUGUGAAUACCAUCUCUAUAACACAAGCUACACUAUAAUGGACACUAUCAAGCAGUCUCUUCAGGAGUUGUCUCAGCACUUUAACACUACAAUGGCUGAAUUCCAGCACAAUUUGAGCACAUCUAUUCCUGCCACUAGCCCAACUUCAAAUAUAUCUGCUCAAUUCAGCAUGUUCAGAACUUUUGUGCUAUCUGCUCUUGAAAAUCUGCAGCAACAGGUUGAACAUCUCUCGAAGCAGCAGGAUAAACUUGAAAUGAACAGCAGAAGAAAGAUCUUACUAGUUUAUGGCAUUCCUGAUGUUAACGGUGAGGAUACCUUAAAAUUAGUGGUUAAAACUCUGUCCGACCACCUUAAUAUGCCUGAUCUAUCUGUUGCUGAUGUCAGUCGUUGUCAUCGCAUGGGAAGCAUUAAGUCUGGUAAACAGCGGGCCAUACUUCUAAAGUUUAAACAACUGUCCCUCAGAAAUCAGGUCUGGUAUGAUAAAACCAAGCUUAAAGGUACAGGAAUAACCCUUUCCGAGUUCCUUACCAGGGACAGGCAUGCCAUUUUUAUGGAAGCAAGACAACGCUUUGGUGUUUCUAAAUGCUGGACCAAAGAUGGUUCCAUAUUCGUCGUACAGUCAAAUGGAUCGCGCCGCAGAAUUGUUGCGAAAUCUGAACUCGACAGCAUUCCCUGUGGUUCUGAUGUCCAAAGACCAGCACCAAGUGCUGUGGUGGCAAGCUCUGCCGCUGCGCCACCGAAAUCUCGACCAGCAGCUCUGCCAGCACAAGUCAACCGGUCCAGGCGUAUCGUCAAAAAGUGA